CCCACCCCAUGGCAAAGGAGCCUGGGAUUCUCCCCCUGCCCUGCAGCCUCUUUUCCCCUGCAGAGGAGCAGGACAGUCCUUGCCUCAAGAGAGAAAUUGGCAGCCAAGGAAGGAGACCUUUUGAGUCCUAGUGGGAGCAGAGAUGGAGAAGAGAAUCAAGAUGGAAGAGCAAAACUUUGCUGGCCCUGAGGCAGGAAAAGGGCCCCGUAUCAUCCAGGAAGGGAGCAGUGCAGAGGCCUGGAAAAGAAGAGUGCUGGAGAACCAGCCUGGGAGCAACACUAGCUCAGACGUAGAGCGCCAGCGCUUCAGGGGAUUCUGCUACCAGGAGGCUGAAGCGCCCCGAGAGGUUUGCAGCCGACUUCACCACCUUUGCCGCCAGUGGCUGAAGCCAGAAAGGCUCACAAAAGCCCAGAUGCUGGACCUGGUGGUCCUGGAGCAGUUCCUGGCUGUCCUCCCCCCGGAGAUGGAGAGCUGGGUCAGAGAAUGUGGAGUGGAGACCAGUUCUCAGGCGGUGGCCCUGGCAGAAGGCUUCCUUCUGAGCAAGGCAGAGGACAAAGAGCAGGUGCAGAAGUUGGCCAAGGCACCCACAGAUUUCCUUGAGGUAGAGAAGGCUCCGUCAGGCACCACACAGAGGCUGCUGGAUGGGUGGUUCUUGCAGGAGGGUGACGGAGGACCCUCCUCACUGGGUAGCAGAAAAACCUACAGAGAGAGUGAACUGAUCCUGGGGGAUCCUUCUAGGCCUCGUUCGCUUGGCGGUGGAGCGGAAGCGGUUUCUGCACAGCCUGGGCAGGGUCUGGUGACCUUUGAGGAGGUGGCCGUGCAUUUCUUGGAGGAGGAGUGGGCUCUGCUGGAUCCAGGCCAAAGGACUCUGCACAAGGAAGUCAUGGAGGAGAAUCGUGGGAUCCUGGCUUCUCUGGAUAAGGAAUGGGACCUUCUGGGUGAUCGCAGGGAGAGCAAGGAAAAUGGCAUAAACCAGAGAAGGAAAAUUGAAACUGAAGAGAAGUGGGGAAUCAAUUCCAUUUCUUUGGAAGGGUCAGAUGUCUGUGAAAGCCCAAUACUAGAAGAACCAAGUAAGAGGAACAUUCACAGUAGGAAGACACAGUGGAAAAGCUCUCAGGAUAUAAAGACUGAGAAGAUUCACCUUACCAAAUGUCAAACAAUUCACACAGAAGAGAAAAGAUUUCAGUACUUACAUAAAAUAAUUCCCUUAGGAGAUAAGCCCUAUAAAUGCUCAGAGUGCGGAAAGAGCUUUGCUCGCAGGACACACCUUAAGCGACAUCAAAGAAUUCACACAAAGGAGAAGCCCUACAAAUGCUCAGACUGCGGAAAGAGCUUCAGUCAGAGCUGCUACCUAAAUAAACAUCAAAGAACUCACACAGAGGAGAAGCCCUAUGAAUGCCUAGAGUGCGGAAAGAGCUUCAGCCAGAGCUGCUACCUUAAUAAACAUCAAAGAAUUCACACAGAUGAGAAGCCCUAUGAAUGCCUAGAGUGCGGAAAAAGCUUUGCUCACAGCACGCAGCAUAAGCAACAUCACAGAAUUCACUCCAGGGAGAAGCCCAAUAAAUGCAUAGAGUGUGGAAAGAGCUUUGCUUACAGCACAGGCCUUAAAACACAUCAAAGAAUUCAUACAGGGGAGAAGCCCUACAAAUGCCUAGAGUGCGGAAAGAGCUUUAUUUGCAGCAGCCACCUUAGGUAUCAUCAAAGCAAUCACACAGGGGAGAAGCCCUAUGAAUGCCUAGAGUGCGGAAAGAGCUUUGCUCGCAGCACGAACCUUAUGCAACAUCAACAAAUUCACACAGGGGAGAAGCCCUAUCGAUGCUCAGUGUGUGGAAAGCGCUUCAGUCAGAGCAGCAACCUUAAUAAACAUCAAAAAACUCACAUAGAGGAGAAGCCCAAUGAAUGCGUAGAGUGUGGAAAGAGCUUUGCUUACAGCACAGACCUUAAAAUACAUCAAAGAAUUCAUACAGGGGAGAAGCCCUACAAAUGCCUAGAGUGCGGGAAGAGCUUCAGUCAGAGUGGCCACUUUAAUCAACAUCAAAGAAUUCACACAGGGGAGAAGCCCUACAAAUGCUUAGAGUGCGGAAAGAGCUUUUCUCCGAGGUCACAGCUUAAGCGACAUCAAAGAAUUCACACACGCGAGAAGCCAUAAAAGCACUCAGGGUUUGGAAAGCAGUUCAAUCACAGAUUGUCCCUUCCCUCUCGUGAAACGAUCCAUACAGGCGAGAGAUGCUAUGAAUGCCUUGUAUGUGGAAAGUGCUUUCGUCGGAGCACAGACUGUAACUUGCUUCAAAGUAUUAAAUCAGGAUUAAAGCUCUUUCAGUGCUCUGACUGUGG